AUGAUACAGAUCAUCCUUAGCGGAGAUGUUCACCCUCAGCCGGGCCCAAAUUCAAAGCAAAAGCAAAAUUCUCGGCCCGGGCAAGAUCCAGAGGAAAAUCACUCAACUGCGUCAGUGGUCAGCCAACAUGCAACUUCGUGCAUCAAGAUUGCUCAUCUGAAUAUUCGCUCUUUGAAGUCUCGCGAACACCGUUUUCUUCUACAACAUACCAUCGAAGAUCAUAACUUUGAUAUAUUUACUAUAUCAGAAACUUGGCUCGACUCGACGGUUGAUAAUCAAGCCGUGCAGAUUCCUGGAUUUGUAUUCUUCCGCCAAGAUCGGGGAGAACAUAAAUCUGGUGGCGGCCUUGCCGUGUACAUCAGAGACACAUUCAAAGCGACAAUUCUAGAACAUGCCUCGGGAAUUAGCGACGAAAAUUUCCAGCAGCUCUGGAUAAAGUCCAAGUUCGACACUGCAAAUCAAUUUUUAUUUGUACUGUUUAUAGACCACCUUGCACCACAUUAG